AUGUCUGGCUUGGGAAAGGGAUUGUCAUCAUUUGGCCAUUCCGUGAAGGAUAAGAGCACGUCCUUCGGCCAUACUGUUAAGGACAAAAGCUCUUCUCUUGGAGUAUCCGUGAAAGACCACGCCUACCGCAGGAAGAACUAUAACGUGGAUGAUGACCUACUAGAUCACUUGUACCACAACUUGAAGCAGUCCCAAAAGGCAUUGAAGUAUAUCAGUGCACAAACAGAUCGCUUUUCGAAGCGUUACUGGCCUUUUGUGUUUAGGUCGAUGACCAGGGCAACCAAAGGUUUCCUAGACUUGACGGGCGAGAACUCUUUGGAGUUUGAAGACAUUGCCGAAUACUAUGACGCUUUUGAUAAGGUGCUGGAGUUCCUGGAACUGUUUGCUAUGCAUCCAAAGGAAAGACAGCCAACAAUUCCUAGUGUGAAUUUUGCAUUGACUAACUUCUUAUUCACAAUCGACCAAUUGAGAGAGAAGGUUGCGCUAGAUUCUGAACAGCUCGCAAAGCUAGUUCAUCUGAAGAACGAUGAAAUGAGGCAACAACUUAAAUACUCCAUGAAGCUGUUGAAGUUGAGAACAAAACGGAAGAUCAAGUACCUUGAUCUUCAGAGGAAAACGGAGAAACUUAUGAAAAAGAACGUUCCUUUGGAUGAAAAGGACCAAAAGGAGCUCAAUUCGCUCGAACCAAAGUUACAAGAAGCCAAAAACCAGUAUGAAAACAUCAACUCACGUCUUAAACUUACACUUCCCGAGACCGUUGCACUCCUUGAGGAAUACGUUGAUACCAUAACCAAGGUCAUUAUCAGCAGCCAUGAGGAAACAUACAAGCAGAUUGAAUCGGAAAUUCGUGAAUUCUCCGUGUUCCAUGGCUUUGCUAUACACGAGAAGCUUGAAGGUUCUGAACAGUAUCAGGCUCUCAUAGAUGCAUGGGAAACUGCGGUAACACCAACUAGACUUCGAAUCGAGUCUUUUGUGACGUCAAUUCAUGACAGGAACCCUGAAAAGCUUGACGAGGAUAUUGAGGAUAAGGACAAUACAUCCAAGAUGUACAAAGCCUGGCUGCUGGCCGCCCACAAAGUGACCGACAGGCUGCAUAAAUUGAAACCAAAAGACCAUGUGAAUGGUAUCUUUAAUGAAGAUAUUACUGCUGAUCCCCUCCAGUCUUUCCUCAAAUACGAAUCCCAAGAAUUGAACCAGUCUGAAGACUACCAUCCUUCCAAGACAUUAAAGGAUACUGACGUCCAUGUUCCAGAGAGGGAUGUCAAGGCUCCUCCUCCGCUCCCACCUCGCGAUGAUUUACAUCCAAUUGCAUUGUCACCACAUAUCGGUGUGAUGGCUUCUCCAAAUCCUGGAUCUUGGGGUGAUGUCACUGAUUCCAAUGAUCAGCCAGACUCUGAUUCGGAACUUUCAUUGUCAUCAGACAAAAGUGACGAUGAGGAAUCGGUGCUUUCAUCCGACAUGCUUGCUGCAAACGUUACUCCUGAUCAAAGUGUACAAAAACUCAAGUCGAUUUACAAUGAAUCGAAGAACGACAUUAAGGUUGCGCCAAUAACUACAUCCAAGUGGUUUCAAUUCAGCACCAGAAAGAAUGUUUUCGAUAAGACUAAUACCGUCUCCUACAAAUUACUAGAGCUUAGCAAGUUCUUCGAUACUGCUUUGAGCUACCCUGAUGGACUGAAUGAGGUAGAAGAAUGGGUUGCGACAAGAGACUUCGAUGGUAAAGAGCCGGGGGAUCUUUCCUUCAAAGAAGGAGACGUUCUUCAAGUUAUAGUCGAUCUUCAAAAGUGCACAAUUUCUCAUCGUGAAAAAGGUGAUAACUGGUUUGUUGGCGCUACAAAGAGUGACGGUCCUCGCCGUGUUGGGUUUGCUCCUAUUUCAUACUUUGGUAGAAAUUAA